AUGUACCGAAAUGGCAUGAAUGCCAUAUUGGGUGAUGAGAUGGGUCUUGGAAAGACUCUUCAAACAUUAUCUCUCCUCGCAUACAUUAAGGAGAACGAUCUUGAAGCAGAUCCACAUAUCGUUAUCUGCCCAUUGUCUGUCAUUGCCGCCUGGGCGUCCGAGGCCGCUCACUGGGUGCCCUCUCUGAAGGUUGUGCGGUUCCAUGGAACCCAAGCCGAGCGUGAACGCCUCAAAGAAAUGAUCAAGCGAGGGCACGAGUUUGAUCUCUUCAUUACAACAUAUGAAUCUUAUAAGGCGGAGCACAAGUGGAUGAAGACACGCCGUUGGGAUUACUGCAUCCUUGACGAAGGCCAUCGAGUUAAGAAUGCUCAAUCCGAAACCACCAUGGCUCUAAGCGGUCUUGGGUGUGCUUUUCGUCUGAUAUUAACCGGAACACCAGUGCACAACAAUCUCGUCGAACUAUGGGCGUUGCUUCAUUGGCUUUAUCCUACGAUAUUUACCGUAGCAACGGAAGGACUGUUUCAAGACGCAUUCGACAUGACUCACGGGAAAUAUGACGUCAAACAUCUAGAGAGCGCCCAGAAGUUGCUUGAAGUCAUCAUGAUCAGACGAACAAAAGAUGCAGUUGAACUUUCUGUUCCACCAAGAGUGGAAAUGACCGUCUUCAUUCCUUUUACGGAGGCACAACGGUAUUGGACGUACAAGCUGCUCACAAGGUUGAGUGCUGCGGAUAUGCGCGAGAUAUUCAACACCUCCCUGAAGACCGAAGAUGGAGAUGAAAGUCAGGUGAACGAUACUCGUAAGCACUUUAAUGUAGUAAACCGGAUCGUUCUGAUUAGUAUCAAAGAAUAUGCGAGGUUGAUGAAUCUCCUCAUUCAGCUCCGGAUGUGCUGCGACCAUCCAUAUACUAUUCUUGGUGCCCAGCCUGAGCCAUACGAGCUUGGCGAACACAUAGUCAAUGCGUCGUCAAAAAUGAUGGUCGUGGACAAGUUGCUAAAAGAUGUCAUACCGAAAGGCGAACGCGUCUUGAUCUUCUCGCAAUGGGUCAGCGUGCUUGACCUGUUGGAGGACUUCAUGCAAUUACGCAAGUAUCGCUUUGCGAGAUUAGAUGGAAGCACAACUCGACCUCGGAGAGCGCUAGACAUACGGUUAUUCCAGCAGGAGCAAUCACCAUAUGAUGUAUACUUGAUCUCCACCAAGGCUGGCGGACUUGGCAUUAAUCUCACCAAAGCCACGCACGUCGUCAUGUUUGAUGGCGACUGGAAUCCUCAAAACGACCUUCAAGCGAUCGCAAGGGCACACCGCAUCGGCCAGACCAAGACGGUCAAUGUUUACCGACUGAUCUGUCGAGGCUCCGCAGAAGACCAAAUGCUGGAUCGAAUUCGGCGAAAGCUAUUCCUCUCCGUGAAGCUUAUGAGCAAUGGAGGGCCCUCAGCAGACAAUAAUGCUGCUGGUAUGAAGAAAGGCGAGCUGCUCUCCAUACUUCGGAACGGUAGCAGCGCGUUAGAGGAUCAGGCGGCUGGGAUGGAUUUCCAGCAAUUCAAGGCUGCGUCCAUUAGUGACAUACUACUUCAAAGCCGCCGAAAUCAAAAUGCACGUGAAGCCAAACUGAAGAAGGAGCUUGAUGGCGAGAAUAUGGAUGCAGGAAUGGAGGCGGAUGUUGCAGAGGAGGAGGGACGGCUUCUUGAUGGUGUCGCGGCUGUCCGAUGUCGCCUCUUCGAAGGACGAGAGUUGACGCCUAGGGCCAUCAAAUCGCUCGCCGAGCAGCCGCCGUCAUCGAAGAAACGGGCUCGUGCAAACCGUCUUGUUCUGGUUAACGGCAUCGAGACGAUCGUUGUAUCUCCAUCGGUCAUCACCAGCAUGCCCCCUAAAGCUCAGAAGGCGCCAGAGUUUGAGCAUGAAGAAUGGUGUAUUUAUUGUCAAGACGGUGGUGAACUUUACACGUGCGCUACUUGUCCUCGUGUUUUUCAUUCCGCCUGCCAUGGAGUGCCCGAUGACGUUGCGGCCCGUUCAUCACGCCUGCAAUGUCCUCAGCACAACUGCGCUGUGUGUUACCGAUCAACAGCUAAUGCGGGAGGCAUGCUCUUCCGGUGUGCGACCUGCUCCCAUGCGUUCUGCGAGGAUUGCCUGCCUGAGGGCGAGCUGGAUGCUAUCGGCGAUACAAUCCCCCAACUCGCUGGCCUCGGGUACACAAACCAGUCACUCGCGUUCUAUAUACGCUGCAACGACUGUAAAGUAGACCCCGUGAUCAAGUACGACGAGUAUGAAAACAAGUAUUGGGAAGAGGAGGAAGAGGAGGAAGUUGCCAAGAAAGAAGAAGAUGAAGAUGGCGUCGUCAAAGUCGAGGACGUCGACAGCGAUG